ACACUCACCAUCCCACUACCAAAGAUUGCUAACAUGCGCACACCGAUCCUUCUUAUUUCGUUGCUAAAAUGAGCAUGGUGCGUGACUCGCCCGCUUCCUCUCGAUUUCUUCUUCACCCUUUAAAAAAAGGAACGUCUUUUAGCUUUCCUCUACACCUCCUUUAUACCACCAUCUCUCUCUUUCUCUCGGUUCUUUCCUUUUUCCGGCGAAUUCCUCGGCUGAGAUUGUAAGAUUUUUCUGAGUGAUGCAGAGUAUGCUGAGAUCAAUUCUUGAAGUUAAUCAAUGUCUUCUGACAUAAGCUAAAGUCUCUUCUUUCGUACAAUCUCUCUGCUUUCUUUUCCACUGUCUUCUUCUUCUUCUUCUUCCUUAGCUUUCGAUUUUCAAUCUUGAUUUCUCAGAUGGCGAGUAGUAGUAGUUGCAGCAGAUCUAUCUCUGUUUCCAGCUGUUUCAAAUUCUGAUUCUCUCGGUGUUUUUGUUUGAGCUAGGGUUAAAUUAGUUUCCUUUUUUUGCGUAAUCCGAAUCAAAGUUUGUAUCUUGGGGAGGGAUGGGUAAGAGGCAAAUAUCACAAGAUGAAGUAGGUCCGCCCAUAAAACCAAGAGCUGGUUUACGAAGGGAACAAGCUGGAAGAGGUUCUUACAGAGGUAGUUAGUUACUUUGUAUCUCAUCGAAAAGGACAAUCUUUUUUUAGAGGUUGGGGAGGAUAUAGUGUUCAAAAAUAGGUUUUGGUUUUCUUCCUUCGGACACAAAUUUUGUCAAGAAUCAAAAAAACUUUCUGUCUGUUUUGAUUUGUCGUUCUUGAUUUGGCUUACCACUAGAAGGGGGUUUUGGUUUUGCCCUUUAGAAUGGGUUCUACUUCUCAAGAGAUACUGAGGAGCUUUUGCUCUAACACGGACUGGAACUAUGCUGUGUUCUGGCAACUUAAACACCGAGGAUCUAGAAUGGUACUUACCUUGGGGGAUGCUUACUAUGACCAUCAUGGGACGAAUAUUCAUGGAGCACAUGACCGCCUUGGGUUAGCUGUGGCAAAGAUGUCUUAUCAUGUCUAUUCUCUAGGGGAAGGGAUUGUAGGACAAGUCGCAGUUUCUGGAGAACACCAAUGGGUAUUUUCUGAAAAUCAUGACAACUGUCACUCAGCAUUUGAGUUUCAUAACGUUUGGGAGAGUCAAAUUUCUGCUGGAAUUAAGACCAUUCUUGUAGUAGCUGUUGGUCGAUAUGGAGUAGUGCAGCUAGGCUCUUUGUGUAAAGUUAAUGAAGAUGUGAAUUUGGUGAAUCAUAUCCGACAUUUAUUUCUGGCACUUAGGGAUCCCUUGGCAGAUCAUGCAGCAAAUUUAAUGCAAUGUAAUAUGAACAAUUCGUUAUGUCUGCCAAAUAUGCCUUCUGAAGGCUUCCAUGCCGAGGCUUUCCCUGAUUGCUCUGGAGAAGUUGACAAAGCUAUGGAUGUGGAAGAAUCCAAUAUCUUAACUCAAUACAAAACUAGAAGAAGUCAUAGCAUGCCUUACAAUACUCCUUCGUCAUGUCUUGUCUUGGAGAAGACAGCUCAAGUUGUUGGUGGUCGUGAAGUGGUGCAAGGAUCUACGUGUGGGAGCUAUAGCGGUGUUACGUGUGGCUUUCCAGUUGACUUGGUUGGUGCCAAACAUGAGAAUCAAGUAGGUACAAAUAUAAUCAGUGAUGCACCUCAUGUGGGAAUGACUAGUGGCUGCAAAGAUCCAAGAGGAUUAGAUCCUAAUUUUCAUAAGUAUAUGAAGAAUCAUGUGCUCAAUAAUACAAGCUCAUCUUCUUUAGCAAUUGAGGCUGAAAGAUUGAUAACAGGCCAAUCAUAUCCAGGCCUGGACUCAACUCUUCAGGCUAUGUCGAGAACAGAUAAAGAAAGUUCUUAUCAAAACGAAGUAUUCCAACUAUCGGAGAACCACGGAAAUAAACACAUAAAAGAGACUGACCGUAUGCUGGGGAGGAACUGCGAGUCUAGUCGAUUUGAUGCUUUGAUGUCAUCUGGUUAUACUUUUGGUGGCAGCGAGCUACUAGAGGCAUUAGGCUCUGCUUUCAAGCAAGCGAGCACUGGUCAGGAGGAGCUACUGAAGUCUGAACAUGGUUCAACAAUGAGACCAACAGAUGAUAUGAGUCAUAGCCAGCUGACAUUUGACUCUGGCCCUGAGAAUCUUCUAGAUGCUGUGGUUGCUAAUGUGUGUCAAAGCGAUGGUAAUUCCAGGGAUGAUAUGUUGUCGAGCAGAUCGGUACAAUCAUUGCUUACCAGCAUGGAACUUGCAGAACCCUCAGGUCAAAAGAAGCAUAAUAUUGUUUACCCAAUUGAUAGUGCUAUGAAUCAGCUACCACUUGCAGAGGUGGAUAUCCAACAAAAUUCAUCAGAUAUCUGUGGAGCAUUUUCUUCGAUUGGGUUCUCAUCUACGUAUCCCAGCUCCUCUAGUGAUCAGUUUCAGACAUCCCUGGACAUGCCCAAGAAGAACAAAAAGAGAGCCAAGCCUGGUGAAAGUUCUCGACCUCGCCCAAGAGACAGACAACUCAUUCAGGAUCGAAUCAAGGAACUUAGAGAACUUGUACCUAAUGGAGCUAAGUGCAGUAUUGAUUCUUUGCUCGAACGCACGAUCAAGCACAUGCUCUUUUUGCAGAAUGUUACUAAGCAUGCUGACAAGCUCAGUAAAAGUGCUAAUGCAAAGAUGCAACAAAAGGAAACUGGUAUGCAAGGUUCAAGCUGCGCAGUGGAGGUUGGAGGCCAUCUUCAAGUAUGCUCGAUCAUCGUGGAGAAUCUGAACAAGCAGGGGAUGGUGCUCAUCGAGAUGUUAUGUGAAGAAUGUAGCCAUUUUCUUGAGAUAGCAAACGUGAUUAGGAGCUUAGACCUCAUCAUCUUAAGAGGAAUCACAGAGACUCAGGGCGAGAAAACAUUGAUAUGCUUUGUAACUGAGAGCCAAAACAGCAAAGUAAUGCAGAGGAUGGACAUUUUGUGGUCUCUGGUGCAAAUAUUUCAACCAAAGGCCAAUGGCAAGCGGUAGCAGGCGUGGUUGCAGAGUUUGCGUUUACAUAAAGAUAAAGAAUAGGCUUGUGUGGGGUUGUACAGUGUUGUUUGUGACACUCACUGCAAUACUUCAUUUGUUUGUUUUGAUUUUUUGUAUAAAAAAAUAGGUCUUAAAAGUUGAGUUUUUAGUGUGUUUAUGAUUUGUAUUUGUUUGCUUUCGAGUUGACCCUUUGAAGUUUGAAUAUACAUGACUUGAAACUUUGAUUUU